UGAGUAAUUUUAUCUCUUGCUGAGAAAGAGGAACUAAACACACUAACCAGAAGAGACGAGUUUUCUCACAGAGACGACGACUCUUUAUAAACUCAAGAUCAGUUUAAGAAUACUCGUGGAGUGAAGCUGAAGUUCAGGAUGAAGAUCCUCCUCUUCUUCACCUUCUACCUGAUCUCAGGUCCUGUGAGCUGCUUUGAUGUGAUUGGGUAUCCAGGAGGUAGUGUCAUGAUCUACUGCACAAUGCCUAAGAAUAGAGGAUACAAUGGAUAUUUCUGUAAGCAUCCAGGUGAACACUGUGUGUAUAUGAAUCCUGAUAAAUCACCAAACACAUGGGAUCAUAAAGGCAGAGUUUCUCUACAAGAAUCUGGUAGAUUCCUCAUAGUGAUCUACAGAGAUCUGACUUCAAAAGAUACUGGAGUUUAUCAGUGUGGAGAGACUGCAGAGUCAAGACAAUUAAUAAAGCUGGAAAUGAAAACAGAUGAAUGUUGUCAGGGGUCGAGGGUUGGUACUAAAACUGGAGAGACGGUCAACAUCAGCUGCUCCUAUCCUAAGGAUUUUAAAGACAAAACAAAGUACAUCUACAAACUGGAUGGAGAAACGUUUACUCCAGUGAUUAAAACCUCAGACUCUCAUAAAGGAAGAUUCUUCAUCUCUGAUGAUAAAAGCUCUGGAGUUGUCAGGCUGAGAAUCAGUGAUGUGAUAAAAGAUGAUGAAGGAGUUUAUUACUGUGGAGCAUCAGGUGAUGAGGGAGCAGCCAAUUAUGAAACUCUCUUCAAUAAGAUUGGUCUACUGGUUGAAGGUCCAACCCAAAAAAGCACAGCACCAGCACCAACUGCACCAGCAGCAUCAACAGUACCACCAACAGCACCACCAGCACCACCACCAGCACCAACAACAGCACCACCAACAGCACUAACUGCACCAACAACACCAACAGUGACCACAUUAUCUCCAGGUUCCUCUGUCAAGAUCAUCACUGUAAGCAUCUGUGUGGCUCUGCUGCUGAUUGGAGGAUUAAUACUCAUCGUUUUUAUUGUGAUUCUGAAGAAAAGACGAGGCUCCACCCCUUCAGCCAGAACCAAUCAGAGUGACCAUAAAGAGGUUCCUGCUGUGGUCAGUAAAGAUGAAGAGACUGGACUCACCACCCCAACUCCACCCAAAGACCAAGAGAUCACCUACUCCACUGUGAGUUUCCAUAAGAACCCAGGUUCUCCCACUGAUGAUUCAGUUAGCGUUAAUAAGGAGGAACCUGAAACUGAGUACUCCACCGUCAAAAAUCCUAAGUAACUAAGUUAAAGGAGAACUCUGGUAUAAAAUGUACUUUUCUUGUAGUAAAACAUGAUAAAAAGU